AUGGCUGUAAGAUUAGCUUUAGGAGAAACAAAAUUAGUGGCAGAUACCCGUAGUUUCUUGAUGUCUCAUGCUGUAAAUCUAGAAUCAUUAACAAAACCUUGUAAAGAGAGAAGUAAAACAGUCAUUAUUGUUAAAAAUUUACCUUUUGGAACCAAGAAAAACGAACUCUGCGAACUUUUUUCGGAGUAUGGAUCAAUUGAGCGUGUAAUUAUUCCGCCCUCCGGUAUCACAGCACUCGUUGAAUAUACCAAAGAUAUCGAAGCUAGAAAUGGAUUUCGAAAGUUGGCUUACAGCAAGUUUGUAAAAUGUAUAAAUCACUGUAUCUACUUAUUUGUGGACGAAGAUGGGAAGGUAGAUGCCAAGACUCAAAAUUUACAGCGCACAAUUUUUAUCAGAAAUCUAAAUUUUCAAACUGAUGAAUGCCGGCUACGUAAGGUAUAUCAUUUGUAUUUUAGACUUGGUUCUGGAUUACUUGCACAAUUAACCAAUAAAUUCUUUCAGGAAUUUCGAAAAUUUAGUGAACCCAAUAUAGAAACCGAGAAGAUGCCGAACGGACAAUCAAGGAUUUACAGCCAAACUUCAACUAUCAAGAAAAAUAUGUCUGUUAGUAACAAACCAAAUACAACUAAGAUCCUUGUGAAAAACUUGCCAUUUGAGGCUACGAAAUCAGAAGUGAAGCAAAUUUUUAGUGUGUUCGGUGAGAUAAAGUGUAUAAGAAUCCCUAGAAAAUAUGGCCAGCGAAAACAGCAUCGAGGCUUCACGUUUAUAGAAUUCAUUACGAAAGCUGAUGCAAAGAGAGCCUUUACAGCUUUACAAGAUAGCACACAUUUAUACGGUCGCCGUUUGAUCUUACAAUGGGCCGAAGAAGACCAGGAUAUCACGGCUAUUCGACAAAAAACUGCUACAAAAUUUUUUACUGGCCGAGCAUCCAAGAAGGUUAAGCUAGAUUAUGGAGAAUAA